AUGGAAACUUUAAAAUUAAGUGCAUUACCAGAAAAAGAUAAACAACAACCAAUCAGUCAUGGAAGAUUUGAGGCAUAUGUAGAUAAUGGAGGUACAGUUUUGGCAGUUGCUGGUAAAGAUUAUUGUGUUAUUGCUGGUGAUACACGUAUGUCUGAUGGUGGUUAUGGUAUUCAAACUAGAAAAUAUACUAAAAUUUUUCAAUUAACAAAGAAAUGUGUUUUAGCAACAUCAGGUAUGCAAGCAGAUACAAUUGCAUUACAAAAACGUUUAAAAUCAAUGUUGGAAUCAUUUGAAAAAGAGCAUGGUAAACCAAUGAGUACACCAGCAAUCGCUCAAUUCUUAUCAAACACAUUGUACUAUAAAAGAUUUUUCCCAUACUAUACUUUCAAUUUAGUUGCUGGUGUAGACGAACAAGGUGAAGGUUGGAUUUGGACUUAUGAUGCUGUAGGUAGUCAUGAAAGAGUUAAAUACUCUUCUCAAGGUUCUGGUAAUCAAUUAGUAAUUCCAUUACUCGAUAACCAAGUUGCUAAAUUUAAUCAACAAAUUGUAGAAGGAAAUAAAGAUGUAUCAUGUGAACAAGUUGUUUCAUUUGUAAAGGAUUCAAUUACAUCUGCUGGUGAAAGAGAUAUUUACACUGGUGAUUUUGCAGAUAUUGUUGUCGUUGAUAAAAAUGGUGUACAUUGGGAGAAAUUCGAACUUAAGUUAGAUUAA